GGAGGAGGAGGAGGGGGGAAGCUUUAAAUAAAGCCUUUGGAUUGCAGCUGCUUAUUUUGAGCAGUCCUACCAGGGACGAUUCCUGCCAGGAAAGAAGCUGGACCGGUCUUUUUUAUUUUGAUUUUGAUUUUUGGGGGUGGUGGUGCUGUGUUGCCGAGCUGCCUGCUGAGAUGAGCUCCGGUGCCUGGCCGUAGUUGCCCAGUUUGGGAUCGCUGGACACAUAAGUGGCAUUUUGGUGGGGAAGCCUGCAGACAUGUGAGAAUGGCUGGACCAUUGCAGUGGUGCACUGAUUUUUGUGGAUGGUGAACACAAAAAGGGGAUUGAGAAGACACCACCCGAGUUAUUCUGACACAUGACUUGAGUGCUUUCUAUUCUUAGAAAAAUGAGGAUCUGAAUUAUUUCAGCUCGUGAAUCAAAAAGUGUAAUGAAGCCAGAGAUUUGCAAAACUCCUUUAGUAGCAUAAACGAAUGAAUAUAACCGAGGUAGACUGAGAAUAACACAUGUCCAGGUUAAAACUGUAUCCUACAAGAAGUAUUUGAUGGAUUAUUCCUAGACAUUUCUAAGAAGGUAAAUACAAAAAAUUAUCCCAUUCUGACCACUACACGGACGUCAUUAUUUUAAUGUUGAAUACUCAGACAAGAGUGCCAUGGAUGUAAAAGAAAGGAAACCGUAUCGAUCUCUGACUCGGCGCCGCGAUACCGAGCGCCGCUACACCAGCUCCUCAGCGGAGAGUGAGGACAGCAAGGUUCCCCAGAAGUCCUACAGCUCCAGCGAGACCCUGAAGGCUUAUGAUCAAGACUCCAGGUUGACCUACAGCAAUCGGGUCAAAGAUAUGGUGCACCAGGAGGCUGAUGAAUUCUGCAGAGCAGGAGCCAACUUCUCCUUGCGAGAGCUGGGUCUUGAAGACGUGACGCCCACACACGGGACUUUGUACCGGACUGAUAUCGGGCUGCCUCACUGCGGCUACUCCAUCAGCACUGGCUCAGAUGCCGACACAGAGGCAGACGUGGUCAUGUCACCCGAGCACCCCGUGAGGCUCUGGGGACGCAACACCAAGUCUGGGCGCAGCUCCUGCUUAUCGAGCCGGGCCAACUCCAACCUCACCCUCACCGACACAGAGCACGAGAAUACCGAAACUGGUCCCCCCUUGCCUUGUUCGUCCGCCUCCUCCACCCCCCCCGAGCACUCCCCUUCUCCCCCCCCCUCGCCGCCCGCCAAUGAAGGCCCCGGGCGGUUGCGGGGCAACGGCGCGGCCCAGCCGGCCGCGGACUCUGACUCUGAGGAAGAGUUUAUCCCAAAUUCCUUCUUAGUUAAAAGUGGCUCUGGAAACCUCUGUGUCGCCGCCAACGAUCAUCCUCCAAAUCUUCAAAAUCAUUCGAGACUCAGAACUCCUCCACCUCCGAUAUCCCAUGCUCACACUCCAAAUCAACAUCACGCUGCCUCCAUCAAUUCCCUAAACAGAGGGAACUUCACUCCUCGCAGCAACCCGAGCCCAGCUCCUACGGACCACUCUCUUUCUGGAGAACAACCAGCCAGCACUCAAGAACCAGCCCAUGCUCAGGACAACUGGUUACUUAACAGCAACAUCCCACUGGAGACUAGAAACAUAGCAAAGCAGACAUUCCUAGAGACAUUGCAGGACAACCUCAUUGAGAUGGACAUUCUCACCUCCUCCCGACAUGACGGUGCUUACAAUGAUGGGCACUUCCUGUUUAAACCUGGAGGCACUUCUCCCCUUUUUUGUACAACGUCGCCGGGAUAUCCCCUGACGUCCAGCACUGUGUACUCACCUCCCCCUAGGCCCCUUCCCAGAAGUACCUUCUCUAGGCCUGCCUUUAACCUGAAGAAACCCUAUAAGUACUGUAACUGGAAAUGCGCAGCUCUGAGUGCCAUUGUCAUCUCAGUCACACUGGUGAUCCUCCUGGCGUAUUUCAUAGCCAUGCACCUGUUUGGCCUAAACUGGCACCUGCAGCCGAUGGAAGGGCAGAUGUAUGAAAUCACGGAAGACACGGCCAGCAGUUGGCCAGUGCCAACGGACGUCUCCUUAUAUCCUUCGGGGGGCACAGGGUUAGAGUUACCUGACAGGAAAGGCAAAGGAACCAGUGAAGGAAAGCCCAGUAGUUUCUUUCCAGACGACAGUUUUAUAGACUCUGGAGAAAUCGAUGUUGGUAGACGAGCCACACAGAAGAUCCCUCCUGGUAUCUUUUGGAGAUCUCAGGUGUUCAUCGACCACCCAGUGCAUCUGAAAUUCAAUGUGUCCUUAGGAAAGGCCGCUCUGGUUGGCAUCUAUGGCAGAAAAGGCCUUCCACCGUCACAUACACAGUUUGACUUUGUCGAGCUCCUUGAUGGAAGACGUCUGCUAACACAGGAGGCGAGAAGCUUAGAAGGACCUCAGCGGCAACACAGAGCUUUUGUGCCCUUGUCCAGCCAUGAGACGGGGUUUAUCCAGUAUUUGGAUUCAGGCAUAUGGCAUUUAGCCUUCUACAACGAUGGCAAGGAGUCGGAAGUGGUUUCUUUUCUUACGACUGCUAUUGAAUCUGUGGAUAAUUGUCCCAGUAAUUGCUACGGGAACGGAGACUGCGUGUCUGGGACCUGCCAUUGCUUCCUUGGCUUUCUGGGCCCUGACUGUGGCCGAGCAUCCUGCCCAGUGCUGUGCAGUGGAAACGGGCAGUACAUGAAAGGGAGGUGCUUGUGCCACAGUGGCUGGAAAGGAGCAGAAUGUGAUGUCCCCACGAACCAGUGCAUCGACGUCACCUGCAACAACCACGGCACGUGCAUCAUGGGGACCUGCAUCUGCAACCCAGGAUACAAGGGCGAGAGCUGUGAAGAAGUGGAUUGCAUGGAUCCUACCUGCUCGGGACGAGGCGUGUGUGUGCGCGGAGAAUGCCACUGUUCGGUUGGCUGGGGAGGGACAAACUGUGAGACCCCACGAGCCACUUGUCUGGACCAAUGCUCUGGCCAUGGGACCUUCCUGCCCGACACUGGACUCUGCAGCUGCGAUCCCAACUGGACUGGACACGAUUGCUCAAUCGAGAUUUGUGCAGCGGACUGCGGAGGACAUGGCAUUUGUGUCGGAGGCACCUGCCGCUGCGAGGAGGGAUGGAUGGGCACAGCCUGUGAUCAGCGAGCGUGUCACCCACGCUGCAAUGAGCACGGGACAUGCCGGGAUGGCAAGUGUGAAUGCAGCCCGGGCUGGAACGGAGAGCACUGCACUAUUGCUCACUAUCUGGAUAAGGUAGUGAAAGAGGGAUGCCCUGGCUUGUGCAACGGCAACGGCAGGUGCACUCUGGACAUGAACGGCUGGCACUGCGUCUGCCAGCUGGGCUGGCGAGGAGCGGGCUGCGACACCUCCAUGGAGACGGCAUGCGGAGACGGCAAGGACAACGACGGAGAUGGCCUGGUUGAUUGCAUGGACCCAGACUGCUGCUUGCAGCCACUGUGCCACGUCAACGCGCUGUGCCUGGGCUCCCCGGACCCCCUGGAUAUCAUCCAGGAGACACAGGCCCCCGUCUCCCAGCAGAGCUUGCGUUCGUUCUAUGAUCGGAUCAAGUUCCUGGUCGGCAAGGACAGCACUCACAUCAUCCCAGGAGACAAUCCCUUUGAAGGAGGACAUGCAUGUGUGAUUCGAGGCCAGGUGAUGACAGCGGACGGGACCCCUCUAGUUGGAGUCAACAUCAGCUUUGUCAACAAUCCUCUUUUUGGGUACACGAUCAGCAGACAGGAUGGCAGCUUCGAUCUUGUUACCAUCGGCGGGAUCUCCAUUAUCCUGCACUUCGAGCGGGCUCCCUUCAUCACGCAGGAGCACACGCUGUGGCUGCCCUGGGAUCGCUUCUUCGUCAUGGAAACCAUCGUCAUGAGGCACGAGGAGAAUGAGAUCCCCAGCUGUGAUCUCAGUAACUUUGCUCGGCCCAACCCUGUGGUCUCGCCAUCCCCGCUGACAGCUUUUGCAAGUUCCUGCUCAGAGAAAGGUCCUAUUGUUCCUGAAAUCCAGGCUCUACAGGAGGAGAUUAACGUUUCCGGUAGUAAAAUAAAAGUGAGUUACCUGAGCAGUCGCACAGCUGGCUACAAAUCAGUCCUGAGGAUCAGCAUGACCCACCCCACCAUCCCCUUCAACCUCAUGAAAGUCCACCUCAUGGUGGCCGUCGAGGGGCGGCUCUUCAGAAAGUGGUUUGCAGCUGCUCCAGACCUGUCCUAUUAUUUCAUCUGGGAUAAGACAGACGUCUACAGCCAGAAGGUGUAUGGGCUUUCAGAAGCUUUUGUUUCAGUGGGUUAUGAGUAUGAAUCUUGUCCUGACUUGAUCCUGUGGGAGAAGAGGACAGCUGUGCUUCAGGGUUAUGAAAUUGAUGCUUCCAAACUUGGAGGAUGGUCCCUGGACAAGCACCAUGCCCUCAACAUACAAAGUGGCAUCCUGCAUAAAGGAAACGGGGAAAACCAGUUUAUUUCCCAGCAGCCGCCUGUAAUUGGAAGUAUUAUGGGCAACGGCCGUAGACGUAGCAUUUCUUGUCCAAGCUGCAAUGGGCUUGCAGAUGGGAACAAACUCCUGGCUCCUGUUGCCCUAACUUGUGGGUCUGAUGGAAGUCUUUACGUCGGAGAUUUCAACUACAUCCGAAGAAUCUUUCCCUCUGGCAAUGUCACCAACAUACUGGAGUUAAGAAAUAAAGAUUUCAGACAUAGCCACAGCCCAGCUCAUAAGUAUUACUUGACCACAGAUCCAAUCACCGGCUCCAUCUACCUCUCUGACACCAACAGCCGACGUAUCUACAAAAUCAAGUCAACCACAUCAGUGAAGGACAUUGUGAAGAAUUCAGAGGUGUUGGCUGGAACCGGAGAUCAGUGCCUCCCGUUCGACGAUACCCGCUGCGGAGAUGGAGGCAAAGGCACCGACGCUACCCUUACAAAUCCCAGGGGCAUCACUGUGGACAAGUUUGGGCUGAUUUACUUUGUGGAUGGCACAAUGAUCAGGCGGAUUGAUCAGAAUGGGAUCAUCUCAACAGUGCUGGGUUCCAAUGACUUGACAUCUGCUCGGCCUCUCAGCUGUGACUCUGUCAUGGACAUUUCUCAGGUUCGUCUCGAGUGGCCCACAGAUCUGGCAGUCAACCCGAUGGAUAAUUCGCUGUAUGUGCUCGACAACAACGUUGUGUUGCAGAUUUCUGAGAACCACCAAGUGCGCAUAGUGGCGGGGAGGCCCAUGCACUGCCAGGUGCCGGGGAUGGAUCACUUUCUCCUGAGCAAGGUGGCGAUCCACGCCACCCUGGAGUCCGCUACCGCCCUAGCCGUCUCCCAUAACGGGGUGCUGUACAUUGCUGAAACAGAUGAGAAAAAGAUCAACCGCAUCAGGCAGGUCACCACCAAUGGAGAGAUUUCUCUCGUGGCCGGUGCACCCAGCAGCUGUGACUGCAAGAACGACGCUAACUGUGACUGCUUCUCGGGGGACGAUGGCUAUGCCAAGGAUGCCAAGCUCAACGCGCCAUCCUCCCUUGCAGUGUGUGCAGACGGGGAGCUGUAUGUCGCCGAUCUUGGAAACAUCCGAAUACGCUUUAUUCGGAAGAACAAACCAUUCCUCAACACGCAAAAUCUGUAUGAGUUAUCCUCACCCAUAGACCAGGAACUCUACUUGUUUGACACCAGUGGUAAGCACCUUUAUACUCAGAGCCUUACCACCGGAGAUUAUCUUUACAAUUUUACUUACUCUGGAGAUGGAGAUAUAACCCUGAUCACUGACAACAAUGGCAACUUAGUCAACAUCCGAAGAGAUUCCACGGGGAUGCCGCUCUGGCUGGUCGUGCCUGAUGGCCAAGUCUACUGGGUGACCAUCGGUACCAACAGCGCUCUCAAGAGUGUAACCACACAGGGGCAUGAAGUGGCCAUGAUGACUUACCAUGGCAACUCUGGUCUCCUUGCCACCAAAAGCAAUGAAAAUGGCUGGACAACAUUUUAUGAGUACGACAGCUUUGGCCGCCUGACCAACGUCACCUUCCCCACUGGCCAAGUGAGCAGCUUCCGCAGCGACACCGACAGCUCCGUGCACGUCCAGGUGGAAACCUCCAGCAAGGACGACGUGACAAUAACGACCAAUUUGUCGGCGUCGGGAGCCUUCUACACCCUGCUCCAAGACCAAGUCCGAAACAGCUACUACAUCGGUUCCGAUGGCUCUCUCAGGCUGAUGCUUGCUAAUGGCAUGGAGGUGGCCCUGCAGACCGAGCCGCAUCUGCUGGCUGGCACCGUCAACCCCACGGUGGGCAAGAGGAACGUCACCCUGCCCAUCGACAACGGCCUCAACCUCGUGGAGUGGAGGCAGAGGAAGGAGCAAGCGAGAGGGCAGGUCACCGUCUUUGGACGUCGGCUGAGGGUCCACAACAGAAACCUGCUGUCCCUCGACUUCGAUCGUGUGACAAGAACAGAGAAGAUCUAUGACGACCACCGCAAGUUCACGCUCCGCAUCCUCUACGACCAGGCGGGGAGGCCCAGCCUCUGGUCGCCCAGCAGCAGACUGAACGGGGUCAACGUCACCUAUUCCCCAGGAGGACACAUCGCGGGGAUCCAGCGGGGCACAAUGUCAGAGAGGAUGGAGUAUGAUCAGUCUGGCAGAAUUACAUCCAGGAUCUUUGCUGAUGGCAAAUCAUGGAGCUACACUUACCUGGAGAAGUCCAUGGUGCUGCUCCUUCACAGCCAGAGGCAGUACAUCUUUGAGUUUGAUAAGAAUGACCGGUUGUCGUCUGUGACCAUGCCCAACGUUGCCCGGCAGACUUUAGAAACCAUCCGUUCCAUCGGCUACUACAGGAACAUCUACCGGCCCCCAGAAGGCAACGCCUCAGUAAUUCAGGAUUUCACAGAGGAUGAGCAGCUGCUCCACACUUUGUACUUGGGGACAGGGAGACGUGUCAUCUACAAGUAUGGAAAGUUGUCCAAGUUGGCAGAGAUGCUCUAUGACACCACAAAGAUCAGUUUCACCUAUGAUGAAACUGCUGGCAUGCUGAAGACGAUAAACUUGCAGAAUGAAGGGUUCACAUGUACAAUCAGGUACAGACAGAUAGGGCCCCUCAUUGAUCGACAGAUUUUCCGCUUCACCGAGGAAGGCAUGGUGAAUGCACGCUUUGACUAUAAUUAUGACAACAGUUUUCGGGUGACCAGCAUGCAAGCAGUCAUCAACGAGACACCUUUACCCAUCGAUCUCUACAGGUACGAUGACGUGUCAGGCAAAACUGAGCAAUUUGGUAAAUUCGGAGUCAUUUACUACGACAUCAACCAGAUUAUCACCACCGCUGUCAUGACUCACACUAAACAUUUCGAUGCCUAUGGCAGGAUGAAGGAGGUCCAGUACGAGAUAUUUCGGUCGCUCAUGUACUGGAUGACCGUACAGUAUGACAACAUGGGGAGAGUUGUUAAGAAAGAGUUGAAGGUUGGCCCUUAUGCAAACACAACCAGGUACUCCUAUGAGUAUGAUGCUGACGGUCAGCUGCAGACAGUGUCUAUCAAUGACAAACCACUCUGGCGUUACAGCUAUGACCUAAAUGGAAACCUCCAUUUGUUGAGUCCGGGGAAUAGCGCCCGCCUUACCCCACUCAGGUACGACCUCAGGGAUAGAAUUACUAGACUGGGGGAUGUGCAGUACAAAAUGGAUGAAGAUGGCUUCCUGAAGCAAAGAGGCAAUGAUAUUUUUGAAUACAAUUCAGCUGGCCUGCUCAUCAAAGCCUACAACAAAGCUAGUGGGUGGACUGUGAAAUACCGCUACGAUGGCCUAGGAAGGAGGGUUUCUAGCAAAACCAGCCAUGGCCAUCACUUGCAGUUCUUCUACGCAGACCUGACCAACCCAACCAAGGUCACCCAUCUGUACAACCACUCGAGCUCAGAGAUCACUUCCCUCUAUUAUGACCUCCAAGGCCACCUCUUUGCAAUGGAGCUCAGCAGCGGCGAUGAAUUCUACAUAGCCUGCGAUAACAUCGGCACUCCUCUGGCUGUCUUCAGUGGGACCGGCUUAAUGAUUAAGCAGAUACUAUACACAGCAUAUGGGGAGAUCUAUAUGGACACCAAUCCCAACUUCCAGAUCAUCAUCGGCUACCACGGAGGACUGUACGACCCCCUCACAAAGCUUAUCCACAUGGGACGGAGAGACUACGAUGUGCUAGCAGGUCGAUGGACGAGUCCGGACCAUGAUAUGUGGAAACACCUGAGUAGCAAUAACAUAAUGCCUUUCAACCUGUAUAUGUUCAAAAACAACAACCCCAUUAGCAACUCUCAGGAUAUCAAAUGUUAUAUGACAGAUGUCAACAGUUGGCUGCUCACCUUUGGGUUCCAGCUACACAACGUCAUCCCCGGAUACCCCAAGCCAGACAUGGACGCCAUGGAGCCAUCCUAUGAGCUUAUCCACACACAGAUGAAAACCCAGGAAUGGGACAAUAGCAAGUCAAUUUUGGGGGUCCAAUGUGAAGUGCAGAAGCAGCUGAAGGCCUUUGUCACCCUUGAGCGCUUCGAACGGAUCUACAGCUCCAGCAUCGCCGGGUGCCGGCACGUCAAGAAGAACAAGAACUUUGCCUCCGGAGGCUCCAUCUUCGGCAAAGGCGUCAAGUUCGCCAUGAAGGACGGGCGCGUGGCCACCGACAUUAUCAGUGUGGCCAAUGAGGAUGGGCGGAGGAUCGCAGCCAUCCUGAACAACGCCCAUUACCUGGAGAACUUGCACUUCACCAUCGAUGGGGUGGACACGCACUAUUUCAUCAAGCAAGGGCCGUCGGAGGGCGACCUGUCCAUCUUGGGCCUCAGCGGCGGGCGGAGGACCCUGGAGAACGGCGUGAACGUCACGGUGUCCCAGAUCAACACAGUGCUGAGUGGAAGGACUAGACGUUACACGGACAUCCAGCUCCAGUACGGCGCGCUGUGCCUGAACACUCGCUAUGGGACCACCUUGGACGAGGAGAAGGCCCGCGUCCUGGAGCUGGCCCGCCAGCGCGCCGUCGCCCAAGCUUGGGCCCGAGAACAGCAGAGACUGCGGGAUGGGGAGGAGGGUAUUCGCUCGUGGACAGAAGGGGAGAAGCAACAAGUGCUAAACACAGGCCGGGUACAGGGCUACGACGGCUAUUUUGUGAUCUCAGUGGAGCAGUACCCAGAACUCUCAGACAGCGCCAACAACAUCCACUUCAUGAGACAGAGCGAGAUGGGCAGAAGGUGACAGAGAGGGUCCAUACGGUGACUUCUUGCCAAAGACAGCUACUCUUUUGUGGCCACUUACCUGACUGUGUUGUACUCAAUCCUUUUUCUAAACUGAACAAGGUGGGGGGGAGGAAAAUAGAAAGAGAAGGAAUAAUACGGUUGCACUGUAACUCAUGCAACAUACUUUUUUUCCCCUUUAAUUUGGCCUUCACACGUUUUUUGCAAUGAACAGAAGGUAUAUUUUGCCGUAGUGUGAUCACAGUGACAUUUACUGUCUCUUGUCCUUUUUUUUUCCCCCUUUGUGAGGAAUUUGAAGUGGGGAGUUGUCAACGUACAUCCGUAGGUGUGAAGUGCGAAAUGGGUGUCUGUGCUAACUUGUGUCAUCCUAACCCUUUCUGGUUUGGGGCAGGGACAGAUAGCCUUCCACCCAAAAAAUGGGGAGCCCACGGCGUGCCGGAGAGCUCUUCCUGGGAAGAAAGGAAAAGGAAGACGACACUGAUUCCUUAACGCCGAAAGCGACCGACCGUCCAAAUCAUGUGCCUCAAAAGAGACCUUACAAGUAGUUUUCACGUUUCACUUGGGACUUAAAGUGUUUUUUGGGGGCUCCUGCUGAGCAGAAGUAGAUUAUAGAGGCAAAGGAGCUGAUUAUAUUAACUUGCAAGAUGAUUCUCUUCCUUCCUGAACUGGAAUAAAAAAAGAAAAAAAAUCAGUCUUUUUUCAUUAUGAGAGUAGAUACUUUUUGUUUGUUUUUGUGUGUGUGCGCAAAUCCUGGUUUUAGUUAAAACCUAGCAAAAGCCAAGAAAGGGACUCCUGCUCUAUUGAGAAAAGCUAAAUAAAUUCUCUCAUACGUAGAGCUGUUCUAUAGGUGGAUUUAAUGCACCCAUGUUGUACAUUUGCUAAUGGCAUAACUUCAUUAAAUGUAUAGUGUUUCAGUACACGAGGCUACGUGUUUAACAGUCCACUGUGCUGUAUCUGAUAAAACCAGUUAAUUUUUAGGAAGCUGAUUUGAAUUUAAAAGUAGUUAUAGUAUCCCAGUGACAUACCACUGAAAAUUAGAGCAAGCCAAACCCUGCUUUUCCUGAUUCUGGAGCUUGUAUUUAUUGGCUGGGAAACGCAGUUUUGAGUAGCAUGCUGGCAAGUCAUUUAUGACUAUGGCAGAUAAAUGUCUCUAGGGGACUUCGGCAGCAGGGAUUUUAAAAUGUUUAAUAAGUAGCAACAGCUUGUGCGUGGUGGGACAAGAAGGAGAAUAUUGGAAUCAACCCUCUCACUGUUUCUUACACGAGCUUGAAUUUAACGGAGAGUCCAGUUGACUGUUAGCAGUGAAGAAAGGGAAGCUUGGCUAGAAAUGCCCACUACAGAGGGGACCAAGUGCUUUAAUAAGAAACUGCUGACAGAGUUACAUGGCAUGCUAAUGUAAUUUGUAUUCACAUAACCUCUGUGCUCUGGAAGAGUCCUUGAAAUUCAAGGGAACAAGGAGAUGAGAUGAGCAUCCUCUUCCCUGCCUGAAGCAGCCCCGUGGUAGCAAGGGGCCGUUCCUGCAGGCAGAGGCAUCAACCCGCUGGGGCUCCAGCUGGAGGUGGCCAGCCCUGGUCCCAAACAGACAUCUCGAUCACACUGACACAUGCACGUAUCCUGACUCUAAGAGCUCUCAUCGUGUCUCUCUGAGAACAUCUCAGUCCUGAUUUAUUUUUUCCCCCCAUCCACUUCACUUUAUGCUGCCUGGUUCUGCAGAGAGAUAACCCGAGACGUGCAAGUCCAUGCCAAGGCUGUUUCUUCACUCGGCGCCCUACAACGCACCCAUGUCCCCCGAGCCAGCCCACCACCACUGUCAUCCUCCAACACAUCCCAAUAUUCCUCUGCGGGCUCCAGCCCCCAAGAUAAGGCAUGUUGGGCACACGCUCCUCGAGCAGCAAAAUUUUGGCAGCCCCGGUGCUAUCGCGGUUUCCCCAUAGAUGCCGGCUGCCAGCUCCGCCUGCCUUGCCUCUCUGUUCCCGGGCGCUUGCCUGGAGGAAGGUAUGGGAUGGAAAUUCCCCCAGCAGACUGCUCCUCCUCCAGUUCCCAAUCCUUCGGGCUGCAGGGCCAUAAUUUCAGCGGCUGCAGAGCCCCAGGGCUGACGACCUUGGGGCCACCCACCGGUACAGCCCUGAAUUCCUGGUGGUCCCUCCUGCUUGAGGCAAGGGUGACGUUGCUGCUGCUGUAACCAGCACUGUGCUCCCCACCACCCCUUGCAGCACGCAACCUUUAGUGCUUUGGCAGGCGUGAAUCGCAGGCAGCUGGGCUGGAAAGGGCAUCGGGCUCCAGCAGAGCCAGCUGAGAGGAGCUGCAGCGCCUGGGCCAGCUCGAGUCCUUGGCAAGGGAGCCUGCCAGGGAUGGUGAAAAGGCCGUGGCAUCACCGCCUGUGUCGCUGGUAUCAAACUCUUGGCAAGCCUUGGUUGUCCUGAGGAUGUGCUGGUGGGGACUGGGGGAGCGUUAGCCAAGCCAGCAGCUGCCACCUACUCGGAGGAGGCAGUGUCACCUUUCCAGGGCUACCCAGCUCCCCUCUUCCCCCUCCCUGGGGUACACCAAGAACAGAUCCCCCCCUUCCAGUUCCUCGACUUGGCUGAAACAGCACAGGUGGACCAAAAAAUAAAAAUAAAAUACGGGAAGCUGGGAGGAAAGGCGUAAACACUUGUUGAAGACUUGUGGCAUAGAGAGAGCUCGGCGUGCAUCCCGUCCCGCUGCUCCCGUCCAGGUGGCUCCGGCAAGAAGCAGCACUUCCAUCCCCAUCCCCAUCCGAGUGUCGCACCGCAAGGAGGAGCAGAGCAAGAGCAAACCACGCAGCCACAGAAAGAGAUUCAAGCGUGAAACAUUCCUGCUGGAACCCUGCCAGCCUGAGAUGGCACCUCUACAGCCUUACAGACCCUUCAGGUUAUUACACGAGCUGAUGACUUGGAGGAGUUCUCCCAUUUUUCAAGAGUCUCACGGUCCCUAGAGCUGGGAGCCAUCCUGCUCCGCACCACGGUGAAAGCACCACGGGUUGCACCUCUCUGCAUCCUCAAGCACCGGCAGGGUGCGAUUGCCCACCAGCAACAUGAAGGUCUUCUCCUGGACCUGCGCCCUGUGCAGAAACUGUGGACAGUAUGUCAAAAAUAAAAGGAAAAAAAUAUAUAUGUAAGAGUAUAUACAUAUAUAUCUGUAAUGCUCUUUUCCUUAUCAAAGCCUUUAACCAAAAAAAGGGACGGCCAUCCAGCGAUGGAUACAAACCUGUCUGAAGAUGUCUGCUACGUUUUCCAGACGUGGUCCUGUGCACCCUGCUCUGGGUGGCCCUGUUUGAGCAGGGAGGUUGGACCAGAUGACCUCCAGAGGUCCCUGCCAACCUCAACCCUUCUGCGAUUCUGUGAUUCUGUUCCUGAAACUUCAGCCUCUGUGAAACCUUCACCCCUUCCACUUGACUUGGGUGGUGAAACUGGAAGCAAACAUUCUCAGCCUUGAACCCCUGCAUUUCCCUAUCCGUUAAUGGAAAGUCCUUUUUCUACGGACCCUGGGUGCUUUCCCAUGGAAUUUAAGGGAGGAGGCUGAAGGCACAAAGAGCUCUGAGCCAUGCCCUGCCAAGCAAGGGGCUGCUCUCAGCUGUCCCCAAGCAUUCCCCACGCAACUCCCAGCCCCGUAGCCCUUUCCCAGCCCUUGUGCAACCCUGAUUGCCUCCCUGCAGGACCACAUCGUGGCUUCCCGAGCCUUCUUGCUUUGCCUGUGGGCAGCGGGACAGCAGAUCCUCACUUCUGGAAGGCUGGGAGGUCCUGGGCACCAAUCCCACCACGCUAACCCCAUUUAUCCCAUCUCUGGAUGUGCUUCUGGAAGCCACUCAAGUGCGCGACCAUCGCUACAGAGAGUGCCACCGUGGCCUCGGGCACAUUCAUGGCUCAACUUCGAGAUCUUCUGGAUUCCCCAAAGCGGCAUCCCUUCAAAAUGCAAAGGAUCAGAUUAAAUUGCCUUGAACUCCCGGGCUUGUCUCCAGCUGGAAGAGUUGUGUGAAGGGUUAGGACCAAGACUCAUAGCUUAGAGGAGAAACUCCAACAUCCCUGACCGCUGGAUCUCAGUGUGAGCAGUGGGUGAGGAGACAGCUCCAGCCCUCUGCAGCUGCUGCUGGGACCAAAACUUGCUUCAUUUGAAGACACACCAGUGAUGGUCUUCAUCUGAAGACACCCGGACACAAGCUGGUGCCAUGGGGGCUACACAUCUCAGGAUCAUCCUGCGCGCUCAGCCCGAGCGGAGAGGACCAAAACUAAUUUGGCACCAAGAGAAAUGCCCCAAUGUUUGUUUCUUCCGAGCUCUUUGUUAUAUUUUUUAUCCCUUUCUGCUGAAGAUUGGAGCUUGGAAAAAUCAUUGAGCGGCAGUGACCGGAGGGAACCACGCAGCUCAUCAUAUCUGUGUCAGCACGGCUGUUGAUCAGAGCCACGACGAAUCUGAACGAUACCGGGCAAGAGCUGCCGAGACAAAGGUUGUUAAGAGCCCGGUGCCUGGUUCGGGUCUAAAAGCCACAGAUGACUGGGAGCCAGCUCCGAGACCCCAUCUGGCUGCAAGUUAGAAGCAGUGAGGGAUUUCUGUAAUAUAUCUGUAGUUGCUUUAUUGAGCGUAGGGAACCGGGUGAGAUUCUGCUCAGUCUAUUAUACAGGGAGUGUAACCAGAAUAAAUCAAAAUUGUUUAAAAAAAUAAUAAAAAAAAAAAUCUAAUAAAGUACUUUUUCAGCUGUGACUUGUAAGUGUCACCAUGAUAGAUGGCAGUGCAAUCCAUUAUGCAAAGACAAGGCUCUUAACAUGAAAUUUUAGAAUUCAAUUUUAUGAUUUACAGAGAGGGCCCCCCUCAUAUUUACAGCGCAGCAGUCUGUUUCGAUUCAAUCUCUGCGUAAUUGAAACCAGGGCCACGGAUCUCGGUUACUCACUCAGCCGCUUUUUGAACGGGGAGGAGAAAUAAGUGCCCGUGAUGUUAAUAACGGAGCUAAAAAGAUUGUUUUGCUUGUUAAAUUCUAUUUGCUCUACCUACCCGUGCCGGCGGCGAAGGGCUGUGUGUCACCGCUGCCGGGGCCGGGAUUUGCUGGGCUGAACCUGGUGUCCUUCAUCCUGCAGCGUCCCCAUCCUGUGCUGGAUGCUUUUGAGCAUCUCUUUUUCUUACAAUCCCUCUUUUUAUUACAAUUACUAAAUAUGUAGAUAUGUGAAUCCCCCGGUUACACCGAAGAAUUUCCCUGAGUUUUGUAACAAGUAAAAGAUUUUUUUUUUUAAUUUUUUGCCUCAUAUCUGCAGUACAGUUAAAUAAAAUUUCUUGCUACUGUUGAGCAAAUUUCCAGCAGCCCCCACAAGGACAGGAACCCCCGAGUUGCUCCUGGGCAUCGCGUGUCCUGGGGGCUGCUUCCCGCAGUGCUUUUCCACGCCGUGCUACCCAAAAUGACCCACCAAAGGGAAACCUUCUGUGUCUCUUGCCUGCUUUCCUUUAAUUAACGUAAAACUUCGUGUUCCUGACAGAGUAUUACAUGGCUCAACUGUUAACUCCCAUGCUGAGGGUCAAUGCUUUCUGGGCAGGGGAGCAUUGAAAACCGCAAGUGAAAAUUAACUAAAAUAUAUAUAUACACACACAUAUAUAUUUUUUUUUCUUUCCUCAGAGCUGAAAAUGGUUCAAGCAAACAAUAGAACUUUCCAAAAAAAUGACAACUUUUGGGCAGUUCAUGGAUGUUGUUGAAAUAACCAGUCAAAGAAUCACACUUUUCUAUUUUAAAAAAAUGUUUAUUUUGUGUGAGGACUUCUAAUGCAGCUGCACCUGAGCAGAGGACUUUGUAUUAAAGCUGCAUCUACAAGCCUGGCACUGGAGACUCUUGUCAUUACCCUGUGUAAUAAUUUUCCUGAAGUCUGGAACUAAUUUUUUGAGAAAUUUUUUUUUCUCAACACUUUGUGUUUCUAAUACUGUAUUCUUGACUGUGUAAAUACAACCAGGCUGUAAAUAAGUGCAGAUGUAGAUAACUUCUAGAAAAAAAAAAAAAAAAAAAAAAAAAAAAAGAGCAGACAGAAGUGACCGUGUGUAGCCUUCGGUGACAAAUAAAAGAAUAUUUUGUGUUUAAA